AUGCUCACAGCUGAAUGUAACGGAAUUAUCCAAAACAACAUGCCUCCAAAAUUAAAAGAUCCUGGUAGUUUCUCCAUACUUUACGUAAUAGGAAAAAUGAUUAUAGACAAAGCCUUGUGCGAUCUAAGCGCCAGUGUUAGUUUGAUGCCUCUUUCAAUUUGUAAAAAGCUAAACUUAGGUGAGCUAAAACCUACGAGAAUGUCCUUCCAACUAGCAGGCCGCUCAGUUAAGUAUCCCGUAGGAAUGUUAGAAAAUAUCCAUGUACAACUAGGUCAAUUCUAUAUCCCAACUGAUUUUAUCAUCAUGGAUAUCCAAGAGGAUUCUAAUAUCCCAGUCAUAUUAGGGAGACCUUUCUUAGCAACAGUUGGUGCUAUUAUAGAUGUCAAACGAGGAAAGCUGACUUUCGAAGUAGGAGAAGAGAAAAUUGAGUUUAUUCUCUCUCACUUCUUAAAAGCACCCGCAAUAGAUGACACUUGUUGUUUCAUGGACGUCACUAACGAACGCGUCAAAGAAGCAAAAAUUGAACCACCCGAAGAUCCAGAAAUCUUAAAAACUCCCAUGACUCACACAUCUAACGAUGACUCGGACGAUGAAAGCCAAAACUUAAGUUUAAGCGAAUGUUUAGCGCCAACACCCGACCUUACACCUUGUCCAAAGAAACCGGCCGUCGAACUCAAAACACUGCCUAAAACCUAA